AUGUAUUUUUCCAAGUCCAUUGAUUGCUUUAUUAAUGUUUUGAUAUUUUUCUCUCAAAAAAUGUCCAUCAAAGAAGAGAAAGAGGAACUAAAAAGAGAGAAGAAUAACUGCAAAACGGAGAAAAGAGAAAACUUGAAAGUGAAGAGGUAUUUUUCAAUGCCAAAAUCUCGUCGUCAAUCGAGGAGCUCGAAAAAGAGUAAAGAAGAAAAAGAGAAGCGUGAGGAGGAGAAACGUUUACAAGAAGAGAAGAACAAAACCACUGAAGAACUGAACGACAAAAAGACUCUUGACCAACAGAAGAGUUACUUCGAACAACUCGAUGACUUCAAACUCGAAGAGGACAUCGACACUACAAAACCAGAAGAAGAUCAACAUUUAACAACUGUUGCAUUAGAUAAGCCUUCCACACCAACAACUCCACUAUUAAACACUAAUGAGAGUCAUAACGAGAAGGACGAAAUUUCUGAGAUACCAAUGGAAGAGAGUUAUAUGCGACUUUUGCCCUCUAAAGGUAUAGAGAAGGGAUCACCCGACGACGUAGAGGAAGGUAAAAUGAAAAGAAAAGACGACACAAUCGACUUUUUAGAGAAGAGAAGAAAUGACUGA